CUCUCUCUCUCUGGCUGGCUAUCGCUUUCUCUCUCCUCGGGCGAUCCAAAAUCUGCUGGGGGCUUCGUGUUCGAUGCGAUUCUGAGCUCGGGAAAUCGGUUUCAGAGGUUCAAUUUCAAGAGUUUUUCUUUUAACAGGGUGUUCUCUUUGCAGGUAAACUGAGUAGAUGGAGCACGAGGAGACUGGAUGUCAAGCUGCCCCUGAAGGUCCUAUAUUGUGCCUAAACAAUUGUGGGUUUUUUGGAAGUGCGGCUACUAUGAAUAUGUGUUCCAAGUGCCACAAGGAUAUGAUGUUGAAACAGGAGCAGGCAAAGCUUGCUGCAUCAUCCUUUGGAAGCAUUGUCAACGGAACAUCAAGCACCAAUGCAAAUGAGCCCGUUGUUGCUGCUUCUCCUGUGGAUAUUCAAUCUCAGACAGUGGUGCCAAAAACUAUCAGUUCACAACCAUCAUUUUCCUUUGGUUCAGGGUCAUCUGGUGAGCCAAAGCCAGAGGGCCCGAAACGAUGCAGCAGUUGCAACAAGCGGGUUGGAUUAACAGGGUUCAAUUGUCGGUGUGGUCACCUCUUUUGUGCAGUACAUCGUUAUUCAGACAAACAUGACUGUGCUUACGAUUAUCGCACUGCUGGACGGGAUGCUAUUGCUAAAGCCAACCCUGUCGUAAAAGCUGAGAAGCUCGAUAAAAUCUAAGCCUGGUGCAGUGAAGUUUCAUUAUCAAAAUUGAUGCUUGUUUUCAUCCACGGGAUGGCUUCAGAGUCUGCAGCGGUAUCUUAGCACUUGCCCUGUUAUAAUAUUACAUCUACUGAGGGAACGCAGUUUAGGCAUCUCUGCACUCUGAAGAACUCUCUAUUUGUUGUGAUUGGAAGAACUUUAUGUGUUGCUCCAGUGUCUUUAAGUUGUAGUCUAUGCUGGUUUGGUGGACAUGGUUCGGGUUGGUCUUCGUAAUGUGUCUCGGCGCUGUUUAUAUCGCAUUUGUUACUUCUAGUACAUUGUCAGUGGAUCUUGUAUUGUAAAGUAUCGAUGUGGUUUCCAUGCAUAAUUCUAUUACUCUUCCUUUUUGGUC